GUCGUCGUCGUCGUCGUUUCUCUCGUCUGUGCAGUUCUGGUCGUCGCCCAGUUGGUUGGUGCUGUAUAGUAGAUAAUUGAAAAAAAAAAAAAAUAAUAAUAAAUAAAACACCAGAUAAGUGAAAAAUUAACAAAUGGCUCUACUUGCCAGGAACGUUUGCAAGGUGUUCGGCCAGGUGCCGUUAAAAGGUUCAGCCAGGGCAAUUCAUGUUGGUUCUGUGCGUUUUCAAGAAGCUGAACCAGAACACAAAUUAAAGUGUACAUUAAUCCCUGGAGAUGGUGUGGGGCCCGAGUUGGUUGUUUCAGUGCAGAAUGUAUUCAAAGCAGCUGGGGUGCCAGUCGAUUUUGAACCAUACUUUCUGUCAGAAGUUAACCCAACACUUAGUGCUCCUCUGGAGCAAGUAUCCAGCAGUAUCGCUAGAAAUAAAGUGUGUCUCAAAGGUAUUCUUGCGACUCCCGAUUUUUCGCAUACGGGUGAACUACAGACCCUCAAUAUGAAGUUGAGAAAAGAGCUUGACCUAUAUUCGAAUGUUGUGCACGUUAAAUCUUUGCCUGGUGUAAAAUCAAAACACCAAAACGUUGACUGCGUCAUUAUUCGAGAGCAAACGGAAGGUGAGUACUCGGCAUUAGAGCACGAGUCGGUUCCAGGUGUUGUUGAGUGUUUAAAAAUUGUCACUGCUACAAAAAGUCAAAGAAUCGCCAAGUUCGCCUUUGACUAUGCCGUUAAAAAUGGUCGCAAAAAGGUGACAUGUGUCCAUAAAGCUAACAUUAUGAAGCUUGGAGAUGGUCUGUUUUUGAAGUCAUGUCAAGAAAUUGCUAAAUUGUAUCCUAGGAUCCUGUUUGAGACUAUGAUUGUAGACAACUGUACCAUGCAAAUGGUAUCCAAUCCUCAUCAAUUUGAUGUAAUGGUAACACCAAAUCUGUAUGGUAAUAUUGUUGAUAAUCUCGCAUCUGGCUUGGUUGGAGGUGCUGGUGUCGUUGCUGGAGCGAGUUACAGUGCUGAGUGCGUCGUAUUUGAACCGGGCGCAAGGCAUACAUACUCAGAGGCUGUCGGCAAAAACCUUGCCAACCCGACCGCGAUGCUCCUGUGCUCUGUGAAGCUACUCAACCACCUCAAUCUCAAGCCCUAUGCCGAUCUCAUCAGAGAUGCGGUGAACCGCGUGCUGAGCGACGGCAAAUGCCGCACCAAAGAUUUGGGAGGGCAGAAUUCGACGACCGAUUUUACACAUGCCGUGAUCCAAAAUCUGCGUUAAUUUUUCAAUAUUGUAGAUAAUUAAUGAGUUCAAGGACUACCGUUCCCAAACGAAACUCAGUAGGAAAUUAAUUAGGGCAAAAAAAAUUGUUUAAUGCGUCACUUAAUGAAAGCCCUUUGCAUUUGGUCAUCAAAUGCCGCUAUUACCUAGUAUUUUCAACGAAUCUUAUUAAUGAACACCAGAAAUAAGAUUUUUCGACAUAAACCCAUAACAUAAACAUUUGCUGAUGACCUUUGUAUAAGCUUUGACGUCGUGAGUGAUUUUACUGAUAAUAGAAAUAAUAAGAUAAGAAAAAGUAUUUUAAUGUUCAAAACCAAAGCUGCUGUGAAAAAAAAAGGAAAAGAUCGGUGACAUUAUUGACGAUCUACUCUCCGUUUGUUGUUUCCUAGAACCAUUGUAACAUACGCGAAUUGUAUCAUAAUAAAUUAAAAUUGUACUCUGA